CUGUUUGCUGCGCGGACGGACAGACGGACGGCCGAUAGAAAUAAAAAUGGAAAAAAUGAACUGUAGCAGGAAGGCGGGGCCUCGGAGCGCGGUCGCGGCGUGGGUGCUUGUCCUGUUGUUGGUAGUCUGCCUCGCUGAGAGCGCUACAGAGCAGAGAAUUAACAGUAGGGGCAGCAAGUCUUCUAACGUAAUUGAAAAAGUCAACGGGUGGCGAAGUCAACGCGGAGGAUCCUGUCUAAGUUAUGGCCACUCGUGCUGGGGAGCCCACGGCAAAAGGUCCGGCCGACCGCCAGUGAGCACACAGGAUAUGUACCUCACCAGGUUACUGCGCCGUAUGAUCUCAUCUAGCAAUGAAAAUAAUCCCGCCCGACAAAUGUCCAGGAAUGACGAUACCAACGCCAUCUACCAACUGGAGGUGCCUGACGAUUCCCCGCCUGCCCAAGGUCUAAGAGCAAAUGAGGAUGCGUCAGUAGAUAACAUCCUAACGAGGAAUAUUGAAGCGAAACCCAUGCUAGAUGAUGAGUUAUUAUCCAAAAUCAAGUUAUGGCAGAUGAUGAAAGAAGCAUCAGACAAAUGAAUUUCAAAUUUGUUAUACCCCAAAAGGACUGACGUUAUUUCCGCUUAAUUUUAUCAAUGUUGAUUUAGUAUUAGAAACUUACGUCUGUUAAUUGUUUUAUUUUAUUUAAUACUCUAUUUAUAACUGUAUACACACGUCAAUUGUAAGGCUGGGUUGCAAUUGACAAUAGCUUGUAUUAUAUAGAAUAGGGUGACGUGCCAUUUUGUAAACCUCUUUAUCAUCAAAACAUAGUUUUAUGUUUCAACAUCAGUAAUAUACACUCUGAAAUGUGCUUCCGGGUUUUUACGUUUUCGAUUUUUUUCGCCAUCAACGAACGGGUGACUAAUUUAAUACCUACCUACUAUAAUAAAAUUGUAUAUUGUUUUUGAAUUGUUUGGUUUGUCUUUAGAACUUAUUAGCUACUUUUUUUUUUAAUUUUAAAAUAAUGAAACUUUGUUUAACAAAUGUGUGAUCUAUGCAGGAUAAAUAAAUGUUCAUAAUCUAAAAGGCGUUUAUUUCUACAAAAUAUUAUUUUAAUUAAAGAUUUUUUAUGUACUUAUUUUUAUAUACUUACACAUAAUAUUUGAAUCAAUGUGAACUAGUCAAUCCAAGUAUACGAUUAUGGGAAAUAACUACCUACCAUUUUCUAUGUACUUAAGACCAUAUAUUGUAAUAUAAAUGUAUAGGUAUGUUUAUUGUUAAAGUGUAAGCUGAACUGUUGAAUAUAAGGCAGAUUCAAUACGAUAUGUUUGUUUUAUUGUUUAUAAUGUCUAAACUUUUCUCUUUCAACUAAUUGUGCUAAACAUAAAGACUCUAAGAGUUCCCCCCAUAUGAGAGGGAUACGCCAUUGUAAUUAUAUCUUUCUUGUAAUAAUUUUAAUUUAUGGAAUUAUUUUUCGCAUAUAAUAAAGUUAUAAUCAAACAA